AUAACGGGAUUUUCAUUUGUGCCUCCCCUAGCGGAGACAAGGCGGAUUUACAAUGUCAAAUAAAAAAGCAGGGAUGAACGCCAUGUCUGAUCCCGCUGUUGAGGGGUAGAGAGAGCGAAUACAGCGGGCGGACUUCGAGGAUUCGAGUCGGUGCGCGGAAGCAGGCUCGAUGUCGGAGAGCGCGGGGAUUCCUCAGGGCUCCCCGGCGGUGGGUGCAGCGGGCUCGGCUGCGGCUGCGCCAGGUGUCGGUGGAACCGAGUGUUCGGGCGCUGCUGUCGGUUCUGCACGUAUCGCCGUCAAGAAGGCGCAGCUCCGCUCCUCCCCGCGUCCGAAGAAACUGGAGAAACUCGGUGUAUAUUCCUCGUGCAAGGCUGAAGGAGCUUGUAAGUGUAAUGGCUGGAAGAGUCAAAACCCACCUCCAACUCCGCCCCCUCCAACCCCACCCAGAGCUGAGCAGCCAAUUGCAGUUAACUUAAAGGAGCCCUGCAGAAGCUGCAGCCACGCCCUCGGUGACCAUGUGACACACCUGGAGAAUGUGUCAGAGGAGGAGAUGAACAGACUGCUUGGAAUUGUGCUGGAUGUGGAGUACCUGUACACAUGUGUCCAUAAAGAAGAGGAUCCCGACACUAAACAAGUUUACUUUUCUCUCUUCAAAUUGCUACGGAAAUGCAUCCUGCAGAUGGGAAGGCCUGUGGUAGAAGCUCUGGAAAGCCCACCUUUUGAAAAACCAAGCAUUGAACAGGGUGUGAACAACUUUGUGCAGUACAAGUUUAGCCACCUACCGUCAAAAGAGAGGCAAACCAUUGUGGAGCUUGCAAAGAUGUUCCUCAACCAGAUCAACUACUGGCAGCUAGAGACGCCCUCACAAAGGAGACAAAGAGCACCUGAUGAUGAUGUGGCUGGUUAUAAAGUCAAUUACACCAGGUGGCUGUGUUAUUGUAAUGUGCCCCAGUUCUGUGACAGUCUCCCUCGGUACGAGGCCACACAGAUUUUCGGCCGCACUUUCCUGCGCUCUGUGUUCACUGUUAUGAGGAAGCAGCUGCUGGAACAGGCCCGGCAGGAGAAAGACAAACUACCACCCGAGAAACGCACACUCAUUCUUACACAUUUCCCCAAGUUUUUGUCUAUGCUAGAAGAAGAGGUUUAUAGUCAUAAUUCACCUAUCUGGAGUGAAGACUUUAUGGUUCGUUUAUCAGGUGGACAGAUUCCCACAGUGAUUAGUGCUCCACCUGUGACCCGCCCCCUGUACUACAGCAGUAGUCCCGCCCCAGUGGAGCUGGUUGGAGGAGGCAGUGUAAGCCCGGCCCGGAAAACAGCAUCCACUUUGGAGCCCAAUUCAGGUGGAGAAAAGCGAAAGUCUUCUGAGCCGUUGUCUCACGAGGACAGCAAACGACCCCGUGUGGUUGGUGACAUUCCUAUGGAAUUAAUUAAUGAAGUCAUGUCUACAAUUACAGACCCUACAGCCAUGCUGGGACCAGAGACCAGUCUUCUCUCUGCUCAUUCUGCACGUGAUGAAGCUGCUCGAUUAGAGGAGAAGCGUGGCGUCAUCGAGUUCCAUGUCAUUGGAAACUCCCUCAACCAGAAGCCCAAUAAGAAGAUCCUCAUGUGGCUUGUUGGUCUGCAGAACGUCUUCUCACACCAGCUGCCCCGCAUGCCUAAAGAAUACAUCACACGCCUUGUCUUUGACCCGAAACACAAGACUCUGUCUCUGAUUAAAGAUGGCCGUGUUAUUGGGGGAAUCUGUUUCCGGAUGUUCCCAACUCAGGGCUUCACUGAAAUUGUGUUCUGUGCCGUCACCUCCAAUGAACAAGUCAAGGGUUAUGGGACUCACCUCAUGAACCAUCUUAAGGAGUAUCACAUCAAGCACGAAAUUCUCAACUUUCUCACCUAUGCUGAUGAAUACGCCAUUGGCUACUUUAAAAAACAGGGAUUCUCUAAGGACAUUAAAGUGCCGAAGUCAAAGUAUGUGGGCUACAUUAAAGAUUACGAAGGGGCCACACUCAUGGGCUGUGAACUAAACCCUUGCAUCCCUUACACUGAGUUCUCAGUCAUCAUCAAGAAACAGAAAGAGAUCAUUAAGAAGCUUAUAGAGCGCAAGCAAGCACAGAUUCGGAAAGUCUACCCUGGCCUGUCCUGUUUCAAGGAGGGAGUUCGUCAGAUUGCCAUUGAGAGCAUUCCAGGAAUCCGUGAGACGGGCUGGAAGCCUGUAGGGAAGAGCAAAGAGCUGAAGGAUCCAGACCAGUUGUACAGCACCUUAAAGAACAUCUUACAGCAGGUCAAGUCACACCAGAAUGCAUGGCCCUUCAUGGAACCUGUAAAGAAGAAUGAGGCACCUGGUUAUUAUCAAGUCAUCCGCUUCCCUAUGGACUUGAAGACAAUGAGCGAGCGUCUGAAGAGUCGUUACUAUACCACACGGAAGCUGUUCAUGGCUGACAUGCAGAGGAUCUUCACUAACUGCAGAGAGUACAACCCUCCUGAAAGCGAGUACUACAAAUGUGCCAACCUACUAGAGAAAUUCUUCUACACCAAGAUCAAAGAGGCGGGCCUCAUCGAUAAGUAAUCCAGCUAGGGGGAGCACGUGGUCCGUUUCCCUUUCUACCUCUUUUCUCCACAUUUAUCAUAUAUAGAACUCCUUUUAAUCCCCAUUGUUUUUGCAUCAAAAGUAGGGUUUUCUGAAAUGAAGACAUUUACAUGUAUCGUUCAUUCAAAAAUUCUAAUUUGAUGAAAAUGUAACCUCAGGCCAGCCAAGAUUGCAAUUUAGCAUUUUAUCACUUGCUCACCAGAGGAUCCUCAACAGUGAAUGGGUGCCGUCAGAAUGAGAGUCAAAAAUCUGUUAAAAGCAUCACAAGUACCGGUAAUCCAUACGAUUCCAGUCUAACAUCUUAUGAAUCAAAAAGCUGUUUGUAAGAACGAAUCCAUAAUUAAAGCAUCAAAAGGCAUUAACUGAUUAUCGCAAUGUUUUUAGCAGAUCUUCUGGGAUGAGCAAAAAACACAUUUACAUUUUGGAUAGCCUGAGGGUUAUUACAUUUUCAGGAAAUUGCUAAUUUUGGGUGAACAAUUUCUAAAAAGAUAAGUAUUUGGCACAUGUGAAUAUCCACAUGACUGCCAUGUGUGAAAAGUCUUUUUCCCGUCUUAAGAAUUCCUUCUGCCAAAAGUGUGGAACAAUUUUACGGUAUGUGCGGCUGGAUGCUUUUGGUGUGCAUGUGUUCUUGCUAGUGUGUGUAUAUAAUAGUAAAAAUCUCUUUAUAUAGAUACAGUUUUAUGAGGAAAAAUCUUUUUUUAUAUUUUAUGUAAAGUCAUGGCCAAAGGUUUUGGCUAUGACAUUUUUGUUUUGCAAAUGUUUGCAGCUUCAGUAUUUGUAGAUAAUUUUCCUGUGUUUCUAUGGUAUACUGAAAAACAGUGAUAAGCACAUUAUAAGUUUUAAAGGCUUUUAUUGGCAAAAAAUAUAUAGAAUGAGUCCGUAUUUACAGUGUUUACCCCUGUUCUUCAUAACCUCUGCAAUUCAUUCUGGCAUGGUGGAUAUUAGCUUCUGGGCCAAAUCCUGACUGACGGCCAUCCAUUUUGUCAUUUUGUGUCAGAAUAUUUUUUUUUUUUUUGUGUGUGACGUUAAUUUUUUUGGCCAAUGAAGCUUGUAACAAUUAUUUAAAAUGCAUCUGAUCACUCUGCACAAUAAUCUAGAAACAAUGUGAAUGAACACCGCAACAGCUUAAGCAGCAAACUUUGCAACACACAAAAUUGAUGUCACUGCCAAAACGUAUGGCCAUGACUGCAGUAGCGAAGGAUGUGGCCUACAACUCAGCCAAGAAAAAUGACUCUAAUUACCUAAUGUCAGACCUUCAAACAGCACUUAUUUAUUAUUAAACCUAAAGAAAUGUUGAUAAAUACUAGUACUGAUACAGUGAAGAUUCCUAAUCAGAAACUUGCACAUGUGUGGUCUUUAUCAGAGCGCGGCGUAACGAGGAGCAUUCCCUGUGCAGCGAAAAAAACUUAAUAACUUAAGUCUUAAUAUGCUUCAUCUUUAUGGCUGUGCUUCUAAUGAAAACGUACAGCCUUUUUAUGUAAAGGUGACACGUGCAAUGACUCGCACUAUUGUUGUUUUCUAAAAUAUUUGUACUUUUAAAUAAUUAAGAGAUGGGCUUUGUACUACAUUUGGGGGAAUGGGGGAUAAAGCUAUUUUAAGGUCUUUGUACCUUUGCUUUUAAAGACAUAGCAUAUUUUAUAGAAUGAUUAAAUAUUUAGAGCAACUAAUGUGAAUGAAAUGUCUACUUUUGUGUUAGACUGUUGUGGUAGAGGGUAAUGUUGCACAAACUGCACAAUUCUUUUUUUUUUUUCUUGCACUUUUUUUGUUGUUGAAAUUGUUAAAGAAAAAAAAUCACAAUCAUUAAUUUCUUGAAUUAUUACGUUUAUGUAUAUUUUAUCAUUUAUUCGGAUGCCAUUUUUGUUUGCUGAACAAUUUAGGCAUGUUAUUAAGCAGAAAAUGCAUAUGUCUGUUUUUGUUUUUACUGCAAAUGUGUCAACAGACUGGAGUUCCUGGAUUUGUUCAAAAUGUGCUGGUCUAGUCUAGCAUUUCACCAUGUUUCCAAUACUAUAAAGCCAAGUCAAGAAAGCUUACUUGCUCAUCCAGGAAACUUGUUUCCUACAUAGCUGUGCUCAUGUUCUAUCUCUGCGCCAUCUUCACAAAAUAAUAAAAUAAUUUCAAAUCAGUA